AUGGCUUCUUGUAACGAGGAAAACGCGCUCACGGUGGAAGGACGGGCAGCGCUCCCGGCAACUGAGGUAUGGUUCUGGAAGGAGAUGGAGCAGAAGUACCUCAAGCAACCCGAGGUACUCUUGCAGCGAUGGAAAUAUGUCACCGCGGUAGGCUAUGCGGCGACCUCUACCACACGCCGCAAGGUAGAGUUCUUUACGGAGUCUCUCGUUCCCGCCGACAAGACUUCUGCGGUUGUGAAAACGCUCGAAAAGCAGCUGCCUAAGAAGGAUCGUGGCACGGUAGAUGUCAAGUUCACUGUUUGGUAG